GUGCGCGUGCGUUGUUGGUUUUAUUUUUAAAUGUAUUUUGGUAAUUUUCCACUGAAUAUUUCAAUUAAGGACGGCCCUGUUGGAAGUAAACAUGUGAAUUAUGAAACCUUUUCUUGCAUAAUUGGUAUAUUGGAUUGCUGCAGAGCCAAUCGCAAUACCUCCCGGGUUAGGUAUGAUGGAAAAUCUGGAGCGAUGUGCCGAUUGAGCUCAGAGAGUGAGUAAGGUAUAUGUAGUAAAUGUUGGAAACUCGAACUUUCAAGUUUGGCGAAACGGUCGAAGGGUUUAUUAGUAUUAUUAAAACGAAGACUACGAACAAUAAUAAGAAUUUAUUUCACAUAUUUUAAAAGACUGUAAAUAUUAGAAAUGAAGAAAAUUUUAAGCCUAGAUGUAGCAGAAUUUUCUUGUGUACUUACGAAGAAAUUAGGAACGCUUGGACUUGAAGUGCAUCCUUUUAAGGUUGGAUGGUACAAUUCUCAAGUGAAACCUGUGUUUAAACUUCCUUAUGAUGACAAUACAGUGGCCUUUCUCAUUAUCAGUACACCACAGAUGUUUGAAAAAGCCUUUAAACCUUUUGUUUGUUCCUCUGAACUCACAGGCCUUAAGGAUCCCAUUGAUGAAUGCAUGAUGUUUUAUCUUCAUCAAGCAACACAGGAAUUUGUAGAUUUUGAUAUCGAUGUGAUUCAUGACUUUGAACUUCUGCCGAAUCGCAGACCUCUUAUUUUGAUGCAGACUGUUGGUCAUGUAGCAGGAGUGACAUAUUAUUAUCAAAGAAGUGAUCUAAAAAAUGAUCCAUGGGAUAAAUCGCAAAAGAUCUACGGUGUUUGCAUUCAUCCAAGGUAUGGUGGUUGGUUUAGUUUCAGAGGUGUUCUUAUCUUUAAAGAUGUGUUAUGUCCAGACUUAGUAAAGAACCCCCCUCCAGAUGUUGUAGCCAGUGAUGAGCUUAGAAUUGAGCUAUUAGAAAGGUUCAAUUUUCAUUGGCAGGACUGGAGUUAUCGUGACAUUAUUCCUGUUGUGGAUAUUUAUUCUGAAGAACAAAAACACUAUUUCUCUACUAAACCAAAAGACAGGAAACAGCUUUUAGAUUCUAUGAAGAAAAAUUGGGUAUGAUGCCAUGUCUUUUGUGUAGAUGAAGGCAGAGAUAUUGAUAGAUACUAGAUUUGAGAAGUCUGUUUAUUUAUAUAGAGAAGAAAGAUUUGAAUGAUACUUUAAACAUAUGAAAAUGCAUUAAUACUUGAGUUAUUUACUUUUAGAUGAACUUAGGAUUAAAAUGUAGGAAAAGUGCUGCCACUUGUGUAUUGAAAAAGUUCAAGAAAAAUGUACAAAAGAUAAAUUACUGUAAUUUUAUAUAAUAUAAAAAAUCAUUUGUAUUUUUUUUUCCUGUCUCUCUCUCACCAGUGUUGUGUUUUUGUGUUGAAUAUUUACUUGGAAAGAAAGUGUAGAAGUAUUAGAAUGUGAAUGCUAAGGUACUUGUACAUGUUUAGUAACCAUAUUCUGUACCAUGGAUUAAACUGUAUUUUAAUACUUUCAUAGGUGUAGUCUCAUAAUAAGUGAUCAUAGUUACUUCAAACCAAUAAAAAAUAACCAAUGACAAAAUUUUAGUAUUGAUUAACUAUUGAAUUUAAAGUGUGAUAUUUAUUAGUGAUAUCCAAGUAGUUUUAGAAUUAAAUUUUAGUUUGAUAUAGAAGUUAAAGUUGAAGUCAUUAUUUUUUUUUUAAAUUUGGCUUCAAUUUCUGUAUAUUUUAUUUACUACAGUUAUGAAUUUGAGUACAUUUUGGAAAUACUGUGCAUAUGUAGUGUGCACUGUAUGAAGGCAUAUGACAACACAAAACCAAAAUAUAAAUAAUCAAUAUGAAUGAUAGUGGUUCAUAACUUUUAACAAAUGUCCUUUGACAUAUCUUGGAGUUAUUGAGAUGCAUUUAAUUUCUAGAAAGUUUAAUAGUUAAAAUCUUUGCAUUUAAGACUAUUUUUGAUGAUAUUUGGCCUUCAUUCAUCAUGUCAAACUUUUAGGUUGUGGAUUUGAAAAAUUUUGUAUAAAAAAAAUAUAAAAAUAGUACAUUGUAAAUGUCUGUAAAAUUACCAAGGUAUCUUUAAAAAGUGAUUUGAGAUUUCAUUUUUUUGUGUUGAUAUUUUUUGGAGAAGAAAAGUUAUCCUAUUUUGAAAUUAGGUUAUAAAUUCUUUAUAUAGUUAACCUCACUAUCAACUCCUGUAACUUUGGUAUAUCUCACAGAACUCUUUAAUAAAUUAAAGGUCAGUAAAUUAAUAUUAAAAUACCAUCUCUUGUGAAUUCACCCUGUUCACUGACUUUUUGUUGGUGACCUAUUACUAUAUAAACUUUUCCAUAAGAUAUAAAUUUCAGCUUCUCAGUUAGUUUAUUUUUGUGCUAAAUUUCUGAAGUAAAUAUUAAGUAGAAAGUUGUGAAUAAGAGAAUGGUCCGGCUGUUGAAUAUUCAUAAAAUGAGCAUUGUGUUUUGGGCAUUUACAUCUGAGAACAAAAAGGUCUUGUAAUCUGGACAUGAAAUAGCUAAAGAUGCAAUUAUGAGAACUCAUCAGUGUUUCUCUUUCCAUAAACAGGAAAAUCAAACAAAAAAUUAAAAGUAAUGAAAUCAGUAUUAUUUCAAAAAUGGCAGUUAUUGUUGUAACUUAAUGCAAGUAUGCAAAAUAAUGAUAGAUAAGCCUGUUCUAGUCUUUGAUUCCAAGAAAAUGGGAAGAUAGGAAUGACAUUUUUUUGUAUUGAAGCUUUUGUUUAUUACUUUAUAUUAUGCAUUUUUAUAAAUUUUUCUUUGAAAGUUUUGUUAUGAAAUAUAGAGAACCUCCAAUUUUUUAAGGCAUUUAGUUUUUUGUUUUUGCCUGUAGAUUACAAUAAAACAAUUAUUAAACAAGUUGCCUUUGACACUUUAUAUAUUUUUACCAUAAAGUUUAUUAGCUUGAAAGCACCACUUUAAUAAGCUAUUGAAAAUGUUCCUUCUCAAGUAAUGCUAGAGGCUUUGUUUGUUUGUUGUUAAGGUCAGAGCAACAAAAUGGGCUGUCUGUGCUCUGCCUAUUGUGAGUGUUGGAACCCGAUUUUGAAUAUUAUAAAUCCUUAGACUUAGCCAUCAAGGGGCUGCUAGUGACAGUGUUUGUUGAUAUUUAGAAAACCUAUUGUGCUUUUAUUUAAAAAGUUCAUUAUAAUUUUUAAACAUCAUUAGAUCUAGUGAAAUAUUUGUAGUGUGGGAAAUUUGAUAAGGUUUUACGUAGUUUUGAAAACUGAUCACUGGUCUAAAAACUACUGUUUGGACAUUAUGAAUUACUGGCCUCAUAACUUUUGAAAUUGUAUUAAUAAACUAGCAGAAAAAUACCUCGCUUAUUCAGAUAAAGUAUUAAGAGAAAUUGAACAUGAUAGUAAUAAAAUGGAUUUAGGUACAAAUAAACUUGUUGCAGACAUGAACUUUCAAAUAAAUUAUGGAGUAUAAACUGACAAAAAAAUGGUUGUAAGCUAUGUGUAGUUUUCCUUUCACAAGUUGGGGGAAACUAACUGUGCUACUUGAAAAUGAUGAAAGGAGUCUAUAUAUUUUCUUUCAAAUUUUAUUGAGCAAGAAUACAAAAAUACAAGUUACUUGAAAUGGUAAGAGGUGUUUAAAUUUUGCAAGAUCACAUGUUGGCUAAAAGCUGGUGGGAAAUACCAUCAAAAGUUAUUUUCUCAUUCUUUUGAACUUUCUUUUCAAUUUACGUGAUUUUUAUUAAAGAAUUUUGUUCUGCAUUGCAUUAUUAAUGUCAUGUUUUUUUUACAAGUUACCCCAAACUACAAAAGUAAUUUUCAUACAUAUCAGCAGUGUUUUAUAGGUAAAUUUAUGUGAUAUGCUAACCUGGCAUCUUGUAUUAUUGAUGUCCUACAUAUGAAAUUACUAAUCCUAGAAUUACUUACAUAGUCCAUAUGGCUUGUUUUAGAAAUUUCUUAUAAAGCUAAGUUAGCACAACAGCAGUCUGCAACAGAAAGACUAGAAAGAUGGCAGCUAGUCAACACCACCCACUACCUAAUAUUGUCUGAUUGAAUAGGACUGUUACUGUUAUAGCACACCCAUUACCCUAAAGCAAAGAGCACAUCUGUGUAGUACUUAGCGGCAAACUAUGAUCUCCCCAAUUCACAUUCUAGGCACAUUAACGACCAGGUUAGGUACAUAUGGAUCUCAACGGUUUUUUAAAAGACUUUUAUGAAAUGUUUGUGGAUGACAUUGUUAGUUACAGAUCAUGCAGUUAUACCAAUGCUAUGUUGUACAACAAACAUUAAAUCUAUGACAGUACUUGAAACCAACAGCUAGUGUUUGCGUGUUCUGUUGCUACAACUCCAUUUUUUCAUUGCCAAUAUUGGUUUGAAUGUUUAACAUAUCUAAUUUUAUUUUCUGUUAUUAUACUUUUAUUAAAGAGAUUGUUUUGUGUCCCCCAGUGGCACAGAAUUAAGUUUGUGGACAUAUAAUGCCAAAAACUAGGUUUCAAUACCUGUGGUAUACAAUUGUAUAGUUUUGUGGUUAAUAACAAAUGAGAUUUUUUUUUUACAUUAUUAGAUUAAUAUAUAUUUAGGACUAACCCAAAUCUUCUAAACUGGCCAAAACAUGAGGUAUUAUGACCAAAAAUAUUGUUAACACCAAGGGUACCCAACUGAUGAGACAAUGCAUUUUUAAUAAAGUAAGAAAAGUAUUUAAUUAGCUAUACCAAUCAUAAUGUGUAUUUUCAGUUUUGCUGAAAGCAGUGAUCACAAGUUUAUAUUAACUACAUGAGCGCUACUAAUGUGAGUUAGAAACACAAUAUCAAUACUGCAAUUAC